ACGAGGAGCCGGAGCGCGGGCAGCGGCGGGGCGUAAAGCCGCCAAGCGCCUGGCCAGUGAACUGUAACAAAGUUGGAAGGGAUCUGGGAGGUCAUCUAGUCCACAACCCCCUGCUCAGGUCAGGUAGCGAGGUGGGGCGGGGGCUCCCUCGGCGCCUCCUUCUCCUCCGCGGCGCCCUGCAAGACGGGCCGGCUGAGGGCAGCGGGAAGAAGGCGAACAGAGCCCAGCAGCGCCGCCUCCUCAGCUGCGAAGGACCGUCCGGAGGGAGCCCGACGGCCAAGAGGGAGAGCGGCGCCCUCGGCACUACCAGCACCGCCGCUUUGGCUUCUUCGCCUCCGGCUCUUGGGAGCCCCGCGCCGGCCAUGGAGGAGCCGUCGGGCCGAGUCACACUGAACGUGGGCGGCCUCCGCUACCGCACCUGCCGCGCCACCCUGGCCGCCUUUCCGGGCAUCAAGUUGGCCGGGCUGGCGGAGCCCGGGGCGGCGUCCCGCUUCGCCUACGACGCCCGCGCCGACGAGUUCUUCUUCGACCGCAGCGGCCGCCUCUUCGAGCAGGUGCUGCACCUGUGCCGCAACGGCCACCUGCACGGCCCCACCGCCUGCCGCGCCGCGCUGCGGGCCGAGCUGGCCUUCUGGGGGCUGGCGGAGGCGCGGCUGCCCGCCUGCUGCUGGAGCAAGCUCUGCCCCGACGACGAGGAGGAGGAAGAGGCCGAGGGGACCGGCCGCCCAGAGGACCAGCGCGGCCUGCUGGAGCGGGGUCCGCGAGGGACGGGCGGGCGGUGGGCGCGGUGGGCGCCGCCGGCCUGGGCUCUCCUGGAGGAGCCGCGCUCGUCGCCCUGGGCCAUGGGCUUCGCAGUCAUGUCCCUCCUGUUCAACGUUGUCCUCAUCACCAUCCUUUGCACCAAAGGAGGCCAACGUGAAGACUCCCUGGGACACCACGACUUCACCCACACCCACCACCUCUCAGUGGAGUCAUUGUGUCCACAGAAACCUUCUCUCCUCCACCUGGAGCUCUUCUUCGUUCUCUGCUUCAUGGGUGAAUUUGUCAUCCGGCUCGUUUCCUGUCCAGACAAAAAGAAAUUCUUCCGGAAGCCCCUGAACCUGGUCGAUUUCCUGGCGCUUUUCCCAGUUUGCCUGGAGCUCUUUUUCAGUGGACGUGGGCACCAGCCUGAGGUUCUGCCCUGUUGGCUGAACUUGUUCCGUGUGGUGUAUAUCGUCAAACUCUUGAAGAUCUUCAAGCUGCUGGAGACCCCGAUGAUGCUGAGAGUCUUCCCCUACAUGUUCAAGUCCAUCUUGAAGGAGACGGCCAUCCUGAUGUGGGUUUUCCUUUUCGAAAUCCUUUUCUUUGGCACCCUCGUAUUGUUUGCUGAAUUGAUUGCGGGUGACCCAGAAUCGCUGUUUCAUGACAUUUUCUCGUCCUUCUGGUGGGGUGUGAUCACCUUGACCACCAUCGGCUACGGUGAUAUAUACCCUGUCCAGACAGCUAGCAAAGCAAUUGCGGCCUUAGCGGUGCUUUGUGGCCUGCUAACCAUCAUUAUCCCCAUCCCCAUCUUUUUCAUAAAAUUCAAGCAUUAUUAUACCUCCGCCGUAAUUAAGGAGAAGAAGAGGAGAGAGGAGAAGGCGACGCUGACUGUGGCAUCCUCGGACGUCUAAUGCGGGGAUUGAGGUUUUUAUUUGGGGAAGGAAGCCCCUUUCCCUUCAACACCUCCAUGCAGAACCAGCCCAAUUACCAUAUGAGAUGCACCUUUUCCCCUCAAAAAAGAGGGUGAAAAUCUGGGUUAAUUGUUCUCAUUGUCAGGAAAUU